AUGUGCUGGGCCGUGGUGGCUGCAGGUCCUUGCCCUGCAGCGCGAGUGGUGCCGAGUCCGUUUCCAUUUCUCGUUGUGAGCAUUUGCAUUUCUUCCAUUUGGGGACGUUGGCAGCGGGCGGCUACCGCACGCGGCUCAUGGUGGUUAUUGCCUUUUCCGUCUUGCAGGGUCUUUUCUUGUCUUGUCUCCCUCCCCUUCUUCCUUCCCCCAUUUCCUUGCCGUCUCUGCUGCAGUUUUGGAUUACGUUGUGGAAUCUUGCGGUGGCCUUCUGACUUCGAGUUUACGGUCUCAUACUGGAGGAGCAUGUAG